AUGGAGAGCUCAUGCUCAGGUCCAGCUCUCGGCAGCCUACAGCUGUGGCUUGAUUCCCUAAGACCAUCCACCACCAGUCGGAGGACGCGUUCGACGGAAUGCGUCCCGACCACGUCGCAGGCAAGACAACAACAGUCCCUUACCGAUCGGCCCUUUGAUCAGCUACAUCCCCUCAACAAGGUUUCGGCUGCGGACGAUGGCGACAAUGAGACGGUCUUGUAUUUGGGAUAUGGAUCCAACUUGAGUGCUGAGACAUUCAGAGGGAAAAGAGGCAUACGCCCGAUAUCACAGGUCAACGUCCUUGUCCCGAGCCUAUCCUUGACCUUUGAUCUACCGGGAAUACCAUAUUUCGAGCCGUGCUUUGGCAAUGUUCGCUACAGAGAUGUAACACCCUACGGAGACGGAGACACCACGACCACGAAGGACUACCACAAAGAUCGUUGGAAAAAGGGUAUGGUCGGGGUGGUCUACGAAGUGACAAAGUCCGAUUUUGUGCACAUCAUCGCUACAGAGGGUGGUGGCGCAGGAUAUCAAGAUGUGCUUGUUGAUUGCUACGCCCUCAAUGGAGGCCCAAUGGAGGAUGUCCCAAUCAUGCCCUCGGGACAACCUUUUAAAGCGCACACCCUGUUUGCACCCACAAAGACAACUCGACCUGAUCCAUCCUAUGCACAACCAAGCCCAAGAUACCUAAAGUUGAUCACAGACGGUGCCGAAGAGCAUGGAUUGCCCCUCGAAUAUCAAGCCUUCCUCCAUCAGAUCCGUACAUUCCACCUCACAACUAUAAAGCAGAGGCUGGGCUCCUUCAUCUUUCUGAGUGUAUGGUCUCCCUUGUUCUUGUUCUUCAUGGGUGGGGCUGCUGCGAUAUUUUUGAGACCAGACGGAACCUAUCCAAAGUGGUUUGCAAAGUUCUUGAAUGCUAUGUUUGCGGCAUGUUGGGCGAGUUACGACAACUUCUUCAAGGAGAUUUUUGGAGAUGGCGAACGGACUAUGGGGGACAAGAAUGCAGACCGUGAAGGUGACGCUGGCGACAAGAUUGGUUCUGCUCUGGACGAGAAAGAGCCAUUGAUUGAACGGACGCAGCAUAAAUAUGGAGCAGUGAGUGUGGUGGAACGAAUUGUAUGA